AGGAAAAUGGCCGCAGUGGAGCCGUGGAUGUUGUGGAGGGAUGACACGCCAGCGGCCGUCUGUGCCAACUUAUCGAUUCCUACCUAUAUGACGCCCGUUGCCCGGUGUCCGUGCAUUGCAUUGUAGAUUCGUAGGGCGCUGCUCGACGCGGGGGAAGGCGCCAGUGUCGCGAAAGUGUGGUGCGAGUGGGUCUUUUGUGGUGAAAUGUUGGUGCGGCGAUGAGGGGGAGAGGCAGGUGGUUUGUGUAGAUGGGCUGUGUUGCCUGGCCCUCUUGUCCCGAGUGGUGGUGGUGUUGGUGAUGCUCGACCUGCCGUGCCCUUAGCCCCGUGCCCCGAGUGCCAGGAGGUCCCCCUUCCGUGCCGCCGACGUCCCCGAGGAGGCGCUGAGGAGGACGUCCGACCGCCGCUCGUGCUGGGUGAGCCCUGCCCUGGGGCCUAGGCCUCUGCCGAUCGCUGUGUGUGUGCUCGAGGCUCGCGAGGAAGCCCCCUCUUUCCUCCUGGUCCUCCCUUGGUGGCUUCCAGACGUCCCCCUAGGCUCGGCCCCUUAGGCUCGGCCCCUCAGGCUCGGGCCCUCAGGCUUGGCCCUUGGCUCGGCCCUUGGCUCGGCCUCUGACAUGCCUUGGCCGCCCCGAACGUGCCCCGAAGCCCCCGGACUCUAGCCGCAGCCAGCCCCCAGGAGUGAGCGCAGCCGACUCACGAGGAGGCUGCAUGGUAGAGCGGCGCGCACGGGGAGAGCAGUCUGGGCCAUCGGGACGUUUGGGUGCUUGACCCCUGAUGGGUUGGCAGCAGAGUGGGAUGUGUGCGGGGGAGGACGGGGGACUGAACAGACUUACGGCCCAACACCCAUGUCUCCAGUAGAGCCGACAGGCCCCAUGGAGAACAAGCGUAAGAAGGCAGCAGCUCUGGAGAAUGGCGACGACUACGGGUGCCGGAAACCUACGGGUGCCCCCGCCUCAGGCUCUACCCCCCAGAACCCCACGGCACCGAAUGCUCAGUGUUGCUGAGUGAGCCAGUCGACAAAAACGAAUUACAAUUUAAGACGCUGAAGAUCACCGACUUUGGCCUGGCACGAGAGGUGUCCAAGACGACCCGCAUGUCUGCUGCAGGGACUUACGCCUGGAUGGCCCCAGAGGUCAUCAAAACAUCCACUUUCUCCAAGGCGUCAGACGUGUGGAGCUAUGGUGUGUUACUUUGGGAACUCCUGACCGGGGAGACUCCAUACAAGGGGAUUGACACGUUGGCGAUUGCGUAUGGGGUUGCCAUGAAUAAACUGCGACUCCACAUACCUACCACGUGCCCGUCGAACUGGAGAAGCUUAAUGGAAGCGUGCUGGGAACAAGAGCCUCACUCUCGGCCGACCUUUGAGACCAUCCUCAAGAAACUGGACGAGAUCAGCCGGUCCAACUUCACGCAGACGCCCCAUGAGAGCUUCCACACUAUGCAAGGCCACUGGAAGGUGGAAAUCGAGGAGAAGGUCAAUGAGAUUAGGAUGAAGGAGAACGAUCUGCGGUGUAGAGAGGAAGAAGUAAGGAGAGUACGGGUACAGCAGAAACAGAUAGCCGAGCAGCUCAAGAAACGUGAGGAAGAGCUACAUCACAGAGAACUGGACCUCCUACAGAGAGAGAUCUCUAUCGCCAUCAUCCAGCAGCAGUCGGCCAAGCCCACGCCAAAGAAACGGAAGGGGAAAUUCAAGAAGAAGCUCCUCAACAGGUCACACCAGAUUUCAGCUCCAUCAGAUUUCCGACACAACAUCACAGUGCAGCCGACUGCGGGUGUUGUGCUUAACCCUUCAAGUCCCGACAGCCCCCCAGGCUCCCCUAGCGUGCCCAGACUCAGGGCCAUUGCAUUACCAGCCGAUGGCGUGAAGGGCAAGACGUGGGGCCCCAGCACGGCGCACCAGAAGGAGCGAGGCCACAUCAUCCCGCAACAGCACGACAACCAAAAACGAUGGAGUAAGUCGGCGCCCAAUCUAGAGAAGCCAUUACGGCCCCUCCCUUAUACCGCCACCAUGACGGGGUUGAAUCAGAUCACAGCGUAUGGUCCUGAGAUUGAUUACAGUGGCGAAGAUGGAGGAUGGACAGCCAAACCCGUGCCCCUGCGACCCCUACCUGUCCCUACCCUCUAUAACGGCACGACUCCAGAGACUAAGGGUCAGCGGCCCAAAUAUUCGCCUCUUGAGCUGAUUGUCUAUAAUAUUGCUGCAAUGUUGGCGAGUGUGGCAGCCGGUUAUGAUGUGCGGUUGUCAAACGUCACUGCGGUUCAUCCAAAGCUGUUACCAGUGAAGGCUGAGGAAGAUGACGCAGAGUACCAGAGAUGGCUGAGUAUGAGUGAGUACGAGUUCUCAAGUCCAUCGGGAUAUGCUCACAACACCUACCACGGCCCAACCAGACACUCACGGCCGGCCCUGGUGCUGGAACCUAAGCCAAUCAGGUUCACCGACUCUCCGCAACAUUUUGCAGGCCAGGCUGCUUUGCCCUCCUCCCAACAGGGCCCUAGGAGAAAAUCGUCCUCUGCGAGUAACGACAGUGAGCAAGUGGCAAGCUACGGUGGUGGGGGGCAGCGUACAGUUUACAUCCCAGGCCCGGCCGAUUACCUGUGUCCAGAUUAUCGCAGUGAGCAGCAGAUGGUGAUCUGGAGUGAACGGGGUGACCACUCUGCCCACGUGACCACCGUGCAACAACGACCGCCCUCGCCAGUGCCUGAUGCCCCAGUGUACAGAGAAAUGUACCAGCACUUUCCUGGGGACUUCCGCUCAGAGCCAGUUGGCUACUACUACAGUGAACGGGGUUACCAUGAUCCGCCUGCAGAGUACCGUGCCAGUGUGCAUUACGAGCAGCGGAUUUACCCCCAAUAUGUCCGACGUCACACCUCGGCAGCAGCAGCAGCGGCGGCGGCGGCCAGUGGGGAAGGAGGAUACCAUGCCUAUGAAAACCCUUCCACCUCAGUAUCCUCAUCAUCAACAUCCACCAACCCUCGCACUCCCUCCAGAUUAAAUUUCCAACAUAGGCGUACUCCAUCUUCAGUGUCAAAUGCUUCCACGUCUUCUUCAAAUAUCAACCCAUCCUUCAGGCUAGAGGAUGAGGGUGAUAGCUCAUAUUCCACGCCGACGCACCGCAACGGACACUAUGAGCUGCUAGGGGGACCAGCCCCUCCUCCAAGAGUAUCCCGUCAGAAUUCUCACGAGUUGGACCGCAUGGACAGACCAGGAACACUGGAUCUUCCCCGGCACCACCGCUCGUCUCUAAGGAAGUCAAAUUACACGUAUGGCAGGUCCUCCCCCAAGCCUCGCAGUGAUCGGAGUGGGUCUGGGGGCUCGGGUGGGGGCACACCCACGAACCCCACCCCGCCAGACAGCAUGACAAGUGAGGACAGCAGCUAUGUCAGUGCCCCAGACAUGUACUCUGGUGGCUCUGGGGGAAAUUCAACUGGUGGGGGACGUGUAAGAUUCUCACCUGCUUCUCACAUUCUUGGAUCAGAGGUUCCUCGACACACUCUUUUGGACAUGCCUGUAGAGGGACAGAGUCAGGACACGACAGAGCCUCUGACAGCUCUACAGCAAGCCUUGAGGCACCGUGAGCAGCAAGGCCUCCUCUCACAACCAAAUUCAUGGACAGCUUUUGAUGAUGGCAGUGACGAGAGGUUGUAGCAGCUCUCCACUUGAGCCACCAUGCUCUCAGGGGGGGCAGAAGCCCAGUUAACAUUCCAGGCACAUAAAGAGGACGGUUCAUGAGUUUCUUUCAAGUAUUGCUUUAUAACUGUAGGAAAGAUUGAUCCCUUUGGAAGGUUUGUGGAUCUUGUAAAUUACCUACUUAUUCUCAUUAUCUAUUUGAGACAAUUGGAGAGUGGUUCAGGAAACUAAGUCAUCUGUUUCAUAAAGAAACUUUGAAAACAGUGCAAGUGGAGAACUGUCCUUGUCGGACUUUCCCCCGACAGUUGUGGCGUAUGUGUUGUAAUCACUGUGCUCAAGCUUUCAGUUUUAUGUGGUUUGAUGAGAGCAGUGUAUAUAGUAGUGCCAUCUAGUUAUUUCUACUUGGUCAGGAUUGCUAUCAUUCCUAUCAAGUCACAACUUCUGUGAUCCUUGGGCAGCCUUUGUGUAACUUUUCACCUCUUAGAAUGAGUACCUAGUAUAGCAGUGGGAAGGAAGGAACAUAGAAGAAGAAGAAGAAGAAGAAGAAGAAGAAGAAGAAGAAGAAGAAGAAGAAGAAGAAGAAGAAGAAGAAGAAGAA